AUGUCGCUGCAAGACAAUGAAGAAAACCAGCCCCUAUCAGCUGAAGAUCAGCCGCUUUUUGAAGCUGUGAAAGCAGAAUUUGGUGACAAUUGUACCGAUGAUCUUGCUAUUCGUGUGGCUCGCGCAUACCGACACGUGAAAAAGCACCGUCAGCAAACUACUAUUGCCGAGACUAGGAAGAUUCUGAACGCACGUGCUGCUCACGAUGCCGAUAAUAUUCUUCGCCGCGACUUGCCUUUAUCAAAACUGUACAAUGAACACUGGCCAACCUACGUUUACGGCGAAGAUUCCGAAGGCCAUUUAGUAACAGUGGACCGUAUCAGCGAUAUAAACCCGGAUGGUUUAUUCAGGACGUUUGCGAGUAUUAACGAGAUCAUUCCACACCGAUGGCAAUACAUGGAGCGCAUUCAAUGGGAAAAAGCCGCCAUUUCAAAGCGACUUGGUCGUAGAGUCUAUAAACAUGUUUGUGUUGUUGACUUGAAAGGUCUUAGCAUGAAGCUUUUAUCGCCGUCUGUGUUGAGUCAACUGAAGCCGAUCUUUGAUGUGGGUCAGCUGUACUACCCAGAGACACUGCAUUGUCUAUACGUUGUGAAUGCACCAUUCAUUUUUUACAGCUUUUGGAAGGUAAUUUCGGCUAUCAUCCAGCCUGAAACGCGUGAAAAGAUCCAAGUUUUUAAAGACAUGAAAUCGUUUUUAGAAGUAGCACAGAAUCAUGGGAUUCCGCUUACAUCUCUUCCAUCUUAUAUGGGUGGAUCACAUCCUGGAAGAGCCAUGAACAACACAUUUACAACAUCUGAGCCAGACACGCCAUUACCUGUGCCUGCCAUGGUUGCUAAGCUUAACGAAACAACUCCUUUAAGUCUUAAAGUUUGUAAAGGAACGUAA